CGACGCUUGAAAGGGCUGUUCUAAUGAGGAUCGGCUGCUAACAACAGCGCGCGCAAAAAAGGAAGGGGGGGCGCCACUUUCGCCUUCGUGGAGAAAGGACAAAGGUUUCCUGUCCACUUCUGAGUAACCCCGAAGAGUCCGGAGGCCAACAUGGAAGUGCAGAAGGAAGCGCAGCGCAUCAUGACCAUGUCGGUGUGGAAAAUGUACCACUCGCGUAUGCAGCGCGGCGGCCUCCGGCUCCAUCGCAGCUUGCAGCUAUCCCUCGUCAUGCGUAACGCCCGAGACCUCUAUCUCUCCGCCAAGCUGGAGGAAGAGGACGAGAUGGCAGCUGGGGUCGGCCCUGGAGAAGAUUUUGCCGGGCGGCAGCCGCAGCUGGACUUACAGGCGCCAAGCCCUCCACAUCUGGAGGGGGCCCGAGCACCGGAGAGACUUCCGCAGGCACCGCUGGAGGCGUCUCUUCUCAGCCCGCAGCCUUUGGAGACGCCGCCGCUCCCUUCGCCUUCGGCCAGCCCCGAGCCGGAGCCCAUGGAGACUCAGGAGGAGCCCAGCAGCUCGCCCGCGCCUCCCCAGUCUCGGACUAGCUGGAGCCGGGGCGCCUCAGGGCCUCCGCCGGGCGCCACCAAGCCGAGCCGCAAGCGCCGCAGCAGCAGCCUGGGCAAAAUAGGCGCCGCCGAAGCCGGUCUGGUGCCCAGCAAGAAGGCGAAGCUGGUGGAAGAGGAAGGCGAGCGGCAGCCGCAGCGCCAAGAAGGGCCUUUCCCGAGCUUAGCUCGAGUCUUGCAGGACCGCUUCUCGGGCUUGAUCCUCCCGCCGCAGGCGGCUAAAGGCAGCGAGGAGCCCAAGGCCAGCUGCAGGCAAGGGGACGGCGUGCUGAGCAUAAUGGUGAGAGCUGUGGUGGCCUUCUAGAGCGCCCCCGCCAGGAACUCGUAGCCGGAAACUUCUCGCUCCAGAGAAGCGGAGCCUGCGGAAGCCCCUCUUGGGUGACAGAGGAGCUGAACACCGCCUCCCACACCCGGCCCAGCGGCCCCCAGCUCCUCGGUGGCGGGGCCUUGGCGGUCCGGAAGGCGCGCAGCGGGAGGCUGGUGACGGUUGGGGGGUGGCGGGGGAGCCCAGGCGGGUCCCUCCUCCUUUCCCCGCCCGGUGGGGAUAGGCGAGAGACACUCUGGUGGCUGGGGGAGCGGGCGACGCAAAAGCAAAAGCCUGCGGGAGAGGGAGCGACGCUUGCCGAAGGAGGCCCCAACUCGGCCGGCGAGCCCGGGACGCAGCUGUGUUCUUUGAGGGACUGGCCGCGCCAAUGCGGGCGUCGGCGUUAGGAGGAGCUGAAAUGACUUGACUUUGGGAGAGGGGGACGCUCCGGGGAAAUGAGAGAGACUUUUGAAAUACGUGGGAUCAUUCCGACUGAUUCCAGACGGUUGACUCAUGUGGAAAGCAACCACUAUCUGUACGCUUUUUGUGUGUGCUAGUCAAUAACAAUGACGUCCUUAUCCUGCCUUUUGAAAAAGUUGUUGCCUCUUCUGGUCCCCCACCGCCGACCAAUUCUCUCUUGAAUGGGAUUAAAGGGAGGGGGAGUUCAGGAUUCUGGGGCAGCUCCCCUGAAGGGUUAAAAAGUCUUGCUGGGAGUUGUUGAAGAAAGGCAGCUUUUGUCAGUCCCGCUCCUAUCUGGUGUGUGUGUGGGGGGGAGAGAUCUACCCAGCAUUCUUUUCCUCAGGGCCAUCCCUUUUUUUUUUUCCUUACCUAAUAAUGAAGGAUGAUGAAGUGGCCUGUUUCUUUGUGCCAGAGAAGAUUUCAAAACCAGAUUAGUUUUGCCGGUUUGUGUAUGAUGAGAGCAGAAACAGAAGGGGGGGGGACAUCCAACCGGUCUUACUAGUUAUGACUCAUCUCUCAUAUGACUAGCAUUUGCAUUACACUGGGUCCAAGAGUGCAGGGGAUUUCCUGCUUAUGAACUGCCUUAGCUUUGUGUUUGUUUUUUUAAAAGGUGUGGGUAGAACCCUGAAUGACUGUGUGUAUGGGGGGGGGGUUAAAGUACAAAUAUUAAAGGCUUACUGGCAACUUUCCCGGAUGCCUGAAGCUGUUGAGAUAUACAUUGAACAGUGGUGGGCAUUGCUGUUUUUACAUAAACAGAAUGUUUUCCUCUCGAGAUUAUCAAAUUGGACAUUUCUCACUCAGAGAGAAUGAGAUUGGUGGUGUUUUGGCAUCAUUUCAUUUUUUUAUAAAUAAAAGUAGUCAUUCUGUGAAAUUCCAAGACAUAUUUUCUCCCUUUGCUGAUUGCAGUAUUUCUUCCACUUGGUCUAUUGUGAAAUGCUGCUUGUUGUCCUGUGUGAGUUUAAUAUAAAUGCUUCCCAAGUGUGUGUUUAAUGCAAACUCUUGGCCUAAGUGCUGGGAAUGUUCAUGAAACACUGUUUUGUUUCAAAACUGGCGAAAUUGGUGUCUGUCAAGGUACUCUGUAAUGCUGCCUUUAUAUCUUCAAGGUUUUGUCACUUGUGUUUAUUUUCUAUUUUUUGAAAUGGGGGGGAUACAGGCUUCUUCGGUUCUGUUUUUCACCCUCAUGGUGUAAAUAAUUUUGAUCACUGAAAUAAAGG